CAUACAUACUACUUACGACUACUGGAGUAUACGACUAGUGCUCCUCUCCUCCGCCGCUCCCUUCCCUUCCUCCGCUCCGCCGUCUCCGUCGCCGCCCUCCCGCCCUCCUCCCCUCCCGUCCCCCAUCCCCUUCAUCAAGGUUCCCCCAUGGCUGACUCCGGCGCUCGCAGGCAGCCCACCUUCACCAAGGUCGACCAGCUCCGCCCGGGUACCCAUGGCCACAACCUGCUCCUCAAGGUCGUCGACUCCAAGAUGGUGCUGCAGAGGGGCGGCGGCCCUCAGGGCAGGCACAUGCGGAUUGCCGAGUGCCUCGUCGGCGAUGAAACUGGCAUUAUUGUCUUCACAGCAAGGAACGACCAGGUGGAUCUAAUGAAGCCUGGGACUGCUGUUGACUUGAGGAACGCAAAGAUAGACAUGUUCAAGGGCUCGAUGCGGCUUGCAGUGGACAAGUGGGGGAUUGUGAAAGCUGCUGAAAGCCCAGCAGAUUUCACAGUGAAGGAGGAUAACAACAUGUCCUUGAUCGAGUUUGAGCUCGUGACAGUGGUAGAGUGAGGGCUUUUCGUAGGGGGACGGUAUGUGAUAGAACCAAUUCAUCUUAACCAAGCAAUAAGUCGUAUCAUGGUUGAUGGUUUUUGUUUAUGUAUUUGGAGAUGUGGAGGUUGACUUGUGUCAUCUUGAAUUAAUUAUUAUCUGACAUUGUUGAGAAUAGUCUCGUGUAGUAUUCCCCUGUUGGCUCCUGUUAUGAUGCAUUGAGUUGCUUAUUUGCC